AUGCAAAGUGUAUCUCCUAAAUAUAUUAAAACAAUUCAAUCUAAAAUAGAAUCAAAAUUAAAAUUAGUUAAACGUACUAAUUCUGAAAUAUUUGAAAUUAAACAGAUGUAUUUUGAUGAAGUACUAGAGAUUUAUCAAGAAGCCUUCAAAGACCUCAUCGAGUGUACAAUAACUCAUUCAUCGCUUUUGAGUAAAAUUAAAAUUGCAUACGAAGAUGCUUUGCAGAUACGAGAUGAGCGGAUUUCACAAUUUAUUAUACAAGACAAAGUUUUUGGAAUAUCCGUUAAAAAGAAACAGCGCGACGACAAAAUUAAAUACCUAACGGUAGAGAAUCAAAGAUUGAAGGAGGAAAACCUAAAGCUGACGCUUGAGUUAUCAAGACUGAGGAAAGACUUGGGACAGCUAAAGGACGACAAGUUCUCGGACUAUCUGUCGCUGAUGCGGGAAAGAGACGCACGCUACACGCUGUACUUCGAGAACGUGGCGCUGCAGCUGAAGGUGCGUGAGCUGGACAGCAGCUCCCGCGCCUGCGCCGCGGACGACGCCUACCGCGACCCCGUGGUGCUGAAGAUAGCGCUCGACAGAUGUCGAGAGCAAUUGUCAGUAACGCAGACAGAGCUGAAGAGUAUGAAAGAGGAGUUCGCGGAGAGUGUGCCGCGACGCGAGCACGACGCUCUAGAAGCCAAGCUCAGGUCUCUCUCGAUGAAGCUCCAAGCGAUCUCCGUCGAAUACGAGGCGCAUCAGAAUAUACACAAGCGAGUGCUAGCUCAAAAGAAGAGCGUGGAAGAGGAAUUAACAGAGUGUAAGGAGAAAUGCAGUGAACUGGAGCGCGCGGGCACGCCGCGGCCGCGGUGGGAGUUAUGUGCUGACUUUAUUGGCGGUGGACGAGAGAGGUGGUGGCAGCUGGCUAGCGGCCUGUCUUCGAGGGAUAUGCUCAGAGUUCUUUUGAAAGAACUUGGACCUGCCGCCGAGAGUGAACAUUUGGAAUAUUUUGACGGCCUUGGAAUGGAUCCAGUGAUUCCUCCUUACCUGCGGUACGAGGGGCGCGUGCGCAACUUGCGCUUGUCGCGUCGCGAGAUCAGCGUCAUCAUCAACGACAUCUGGCUCGGCAAGCUGCGGCAGCCGCGCGACAUUGCCAUGCAGGAUUAUGUCACCCAUUACUUUGAGGAAAGAUACCAGCAACCGUCAGUCCGAGCAGAAUGGGCCUAUAACCUGUGUGCUGGGGCGGAGCAAAUGUUGGACGAACCGCAAGUGAAGUUGUUCUGGGGGGUUCUACAUGGACAUCUCAGUGAAGACAUCUACUGGGGACACCGCACUCAGUGGUACACGCUCAAGGAACAGCUCUACAAACACAGCAAGGAUGGAGAGACAAUCACGAUCGAAGAUUUUGAAAAAGUCACAAGGGCAACCUUUCCGUUGAAGAGUGAAGUGGACAUCAAAAAUCUAACUGAUGUCGUGAAAAAACAGCUGAAGUUGAAAAUCAACGCCAACGAAGUCAACUUGGAUAAGCUAUUCCAUGAGAAUGAAGAAGGUUUCGACCGCGUGGAGCUGUCCCGCGAGCUGUACCGGCAGAGACAGCUCGCUCAAGACAAGUACAUCCGCGAGGUGGUGGGCACGCUGGGCGGACGCCGCACCAACAGCGUGUCAGUCGACAGCUUGAAACGCGCCUUUGCUAUCGUGGAUCCCGCUAUAAAUCACGUCCGCAUGGAGCGCUACAUCCGCUGGGCGUUUUCCGCGCAAGCUUGCGAUCUAAGCAGCUUGCCGCCCAUACCGCUGCGGGCGCUGGUGGCGAGGCUCGCGGCCGGCGACAUCGAGCGUAUCGGCCCGAGGUACCGGGGCACGAGGAAGAUUUAUAAGUAAAAUAGGCCGACAUCAUACAAAGCGAUUUAUAUUUUUUUACAUGAUUAAAUUGAC